GGGCUGAUUUUUCAAGAGCCAGAUAAAACGUCAAGUAGCUAACUGAUCAAUAACUUUAUCUGAUUCUUUAACGAACCAAUAAAGAGUUUCAAUUUUUCAAAGCAUAGUUACCAGUCAGUUUACUACCUGACCUUUUUUUGUGACUAGCUUCACACUACAUCUGUGUGAGCGAGACGCGCUUAUGAACAUUUACAGAUCUAAGAAAGAGACAAACAAUUUUCAACUUAAUGACAGCGGUUGUCACAUUUUAGAGGGAAUCAUAACAUAACCUUAAACUUUGACGACUCGUCUUCGUGUUAAUAUUUAUUUUCCGUUCGAAUUUAUUGUUUGCUUUUUGUGUGUUGUGUGUAAUCAUGGAAAAUAUCGUAAAACGUGAACGUUCCACGAAUUUUAACAAAAGCGAAAUAAGAUUAUUGACUGAAUUGGUGGCAAAACACCGUACUAUAAUUGAAAAUAAGCAGACAGACGCCGUAACCAAUAAAGAAAAGGAAGCAGCGUGGAUAAAAAUCAGUUCAUUAUUUAAUGCGGCUACGGGAUUUACAGCGAGGAGUACCAAGAGCCUGAAGCUUAAAUAUGAAGGCAUAAAAAAGGAAACCAAAAAAACAUUGGCCAAACAUCGGCAAGAGCUGUACAAAACUGGUGGCGGGCCCUCUUCAGCCCCAGAGGUUACAGAUAUACAGGAGAGGGUUAUCGCGAUAUGUUCGAAUAUCAAUGGGCUGGAUGCUCGAAAUGACAGCGACAAAAUUCCAGAACCUUUAGAACUGGAAGAGACUGCUAAAGUUGACCCGCUAUCGUUGCCACUGCAAUCAUUAGAAAAUAAUUUAGUAAUUGUACCAUGUGAUGACGAUAUUCCGUGUACUUUAGAUCAAGAAGAGUUUUGCCCGCAACAGGAUUUAAAGGAGAAAGUUAACAGUGAAAUUGGAAAUGACAAGGCCUUUGAUGACUUUCAAUCUAUAGAGAUACAGGAUAUGGAAGUGGAUCAAACUGAAAAAGAGAAUAAGUGGUCUUCAUGGAAGCCAAAGGCUUUAAAACUAAGAUUAGUCCAUACUUGA